AUGGUGUACCAUCCUGAGUUUGAGAAGGCUGGCCAACAGGCGGGCCUGCAGGUGUGGAGGAUUGAGAAGUUUGACCUGGUGGCAGUGCCAGAGAACCUGUAUGGAAGCUUCUACACGGGAGACGCCUACCUCGUCCUCAACACCAUCAAGCAGCGCUCUGGGAACCUGCAGUAUGACCUGCACUUCUGGCUGGGCGAUUUCUGCACCCAGGAUGAGAGUGGAGCAGCAGCCAUCUUCACAGUCCAGAUGGAUGACUAUCUGGGGGGUAAACCCAUCCAGUACCGUGAGGUCCAGGGACAUGAGUCCAAAGUAUUCCUGGGUUACUUCAAGGCUGGACUGAAGUACUUGAAAGGAGGUGUGGCAUCUGGGUUCAAACAUGUGGUCACCAACGAGGUGGUUAUGCAGCGGCUGCUGCAGGUCAAAGGUCGCCGUGUUGUCAGGGCAACGGAGGUGCCUGUCAGCUGGGACAGCUUCAACCAGGGAGACUGCUUCAUCCUGGACCUAGGAAGCGAGAUCUACCAGUGGUGUGGCUCCCAGAGCAACCGCUUUGAGAAGCUGAAGGCCACCCAGGUUGCCAAGGGUAUCCGUGACAACGAGCGCAGUGGGCGAGCCCGCGUGUACGUGUGUGACGAGGGGGCGGAGAGAGACAAGAUGAUAGAGGUUCUGGGAGAUAAAUCAGACCUGCCUGAAGGAUCCUCUGAUGACAUCAAAGCAGAUGCCUCAAACAGGAAAAUGGCCAAACUGUACAAGGUGUCCAAUGGCAGUGGAGACAUGGCCAUGUCCAUGGUGGCAGCAGAGAACCCAUUCUCCCAGAGUGCACUGGAGUCCAGUGACUGCUUCAUCCUGGAUCAUGGCUCUGAUGGCAAGAUCUUCGUCUGGAAAGGCAAAGAAGCCAACCUUGAGGAGCGUAAGGCAGCCAUGAAAGCAGCAGAUGAGUUCAUCAAGAAGAUGGGCUACCCAAAACACACACAGGUGCAGAUCCUGCCGGAGAUGGGAGAGACGCCGCUCUUCAAGCAGUUCUUCAAGAACUGGCGUGACAAGGACCAGACAGAGGGCCUGGGCGUGGCCUACGUCUCCAACAGCAUCGCCAAGAUAGCGAAGGUGUCCUUCGAUGCCGCCACGCUCCACGACUCCCCUGCCAUGGCUGCCCAGCACGGCAUGGUGGACGGCGGCAACGGAGAGAAGCAGAUCUGGCGUAUUGAGGGAUCAGACAAGGUGGAAGUGGACCCCUCCACACACGGACAAUUCUAUGGGGGAGACAGUUACAUCAUCCUCUACAACUAUCACCAUGGAGGACGCCAAGGGCACAUUAUCUACAUGUGGCAGGGAAGUGAUUCUUCCCAGGACGAAAUUGGUGCUUCAGCCAUCUUGGGUGCCCAGUUGGACGAUGAGCUGGGUGGUGGGCCUGUGCAGGUGAGAGUAGUCCAGGGCAAGGAGCCAGCUCACCUCAUGAGCCUGUUCAGGGGGCAGCCCAUGGUGGUAUACAAGGGAGGUACGUCCAGAGACGGGGGUCAGUCCGCUCCUGCAGAAACACGACUGUUCCAGGUGCGCUCCAACUCUGCAGGGUGCACAAGAGCUGUGGAGGUUGAUGCUGUGUCCUCCAACCUGAACUCCAACGACACCUUCCUCCUGGUGACCCCAGCAGCCUCAUUCAUGUGGGUGGGCCAGGGGGCCAGUGACACUGAGAAAAAUGGCACCCAGCAGCUCUGUGACAUUCUGGGGGUGACCUCCUCAGAACUGUCUGAGGGUGGAGAGACUGAUGACUACUGGGAGGCUCUGGGAGGGAAGGCAGCGUACCGCACCUCUUCCAGACUGAGAAGCAAGGACAAGAUGGACGCCCAUCCACCCAGGCUCUUUGCCUGCUCCAACAAGACCGGAAACUUCAUUAUUGAGGAGGUACCUGGGGAGAUGACCCAAGAGGAUCUGGCUACCGAUGAUGUCAUGCUCAUGGACACAUGGGAUCAGGUGUUUGUCUGGAUCGGGAAUGAAGCCCAUGAAGAGGAGAAGACUGAGGCUAUGGCCUCCGCUGUGCGUUACAUUGAGUCAGACCCUGCCAACCGUGACCACAGGACGCCCAUCGUGAAGAUCAAGCAAGGGUUCGAGCCGCCCACGUUCACCGGCUGGUUCCUGGGCUGGGACCAUGAGUACUGGACCAGCGACCCCCUGGAGCGUGCCAUGGCUGAGCUGGAGCUCUGAACCCUCACCUUUAAACCUGCUGCCUGACUCUACCACACACACUGAGCAGCUCCAGUCAUGAGACUUUCAAUGGUUGAACCCUUUAUGCCCUGCCAACCUCCUUACUUCUGAGUGCCAGAGGGAGAAGGAUGCUUUUUGUAAAAAUAAAAAAAGAUAUAUCGAGAGUGUAGAACAGGCUUUCAUACACCUGUUGAGCUGACACAGAGCACUGGUGCACUAUAUUAAUCUCUCCUGGUAAUACUUUAUUAGCUUUUAUACAUAUGCAAAUAAGCAUGUAAGUGACCAAUAAUAAGGGCUUAAAUAGAACCGCAGGCUUAGAUAAGGGAAUCUGCAUGGAUAUUUAAAUAUUUUAUGUGUGAGAUAUGCUAUAAACUUAUUUCUACGAUGUCAACAGUAGACUGUUUCUCGCUAUUCAGAAUCUCACAAUUUCAACAUGAAGAACCUAGCAUAUUACAUUGAACAAAAAUAUAAACGCAACAUUUAAAGUGUUGGUCCAAUGUUUCAUGAGAAUGAAAUAAAAGAUACCAGAAAUGUUCCAUUCGCACAAA